AUGGAUGUCAAAACCUCAUCUUGCAAAAGAAGAAGAAUCUCUCAUGUCCCGAGGAUGAGGAUUAUGGAUCUUCCAUUGAUGAUUCUGAUCGAAAUUCUUUCAAGAUUGUCAAUUAAGCCCAUUUUCCGAUGUAAGACUGUGUGUAAACUUUGGUACAACCUUUUAUCUUACGACACUUUAUUUGCUAACAUGUAUCACACAAGAUCCCUCAAAUUCCCCUGCAUUUAUCUUUUCGAUGGUGUGGGCAAGCCUUCGCUUCUAGAACUCAAAGCAGAGUAUAAUUAUUAUGCUCGCCAUUGUAACAGACCCAUUCAAUUGACCCCUGAGUUUCACUACCCUCCAGGGAGAGUGUUUUUAGUUGGUUUGUGUAAUGGAUUCACUUGUUUCGUGAAUGGUUCGACAAAUAUUGAGAAACAUUUUGUUUAUAUUAGUAAUCCUCUUUUGGGUGAAUAUUUCGAAGUUAAAUUGCCUGAAUGGGAGAUUAGUGUUUGGCGUGUUACUUAUGGAUUUUGCUUUAGCAAAGCGUCUGGAAAGUAUAAGGUAUUGAGAUUUGUAGCUAGAAAGGUUACUAAAGUAUCGGAAUUGGAGGUUUAUACUCUUGGAGUUGGUGAGAAAUGGAGAAAUGUGGGUGAAAUUUCAUGUCCUGUAUGGUAUGAUAAGUUUGACAAGGUUAAUAUCAAUGGUGCUCUUCAUUGGAUGGAUAGCGAAAAAAAUGACAUCAUUUACUUCUUCGAUAUUGAGACAGAAAAGGUCAAGUCCCUGCCAGCUCCACCGGGACUGGUAACUCCACCCUGGAACUUGAAGCUAGUAGAGUUGGGAAAUUAUUUAUGUUUGACUGAUUAUUACAACACAUCAUCCACUAAUAUUGAUAUCUGGUGGAUGAAAGAGUAUGGGGUUUCUGAAUCUUGGACUAAAGAAAUCAUUUUGGUGGAUUCUGUUCCGCGUGGUAUGGUAUUAGCGGCAAUUAAAGUUGCCACUGUACCAUACUUUUACAAGCGAUCAAAAUUGACACUAAAUGCUACUUAUAGUGUUGACUAA